CCCGGGGGCCCGGAUGGAGCCGGCCCCGGCCCCGGUCCCAUGGCACCGCCCGCAGCGCGCCUGGCGCGGCUCUCCCGGGCCGUGUCCUUCAGCGCCUGCCACCGGCUGCACAGUAAGUCCCUGAGCGACGAGGAGAACCUGAAGCUGUUUGGGAAGUGCAAUAAUCCGAAUGGCCACGGGCACAACUAUAAAGUUAUAGUCACUGUGCGUGGAGAGAUUGACCCAGUCUCGGGAAUGGUUAUAAACCUGACAGACCUGAAAGAAUAUAUGCAGCAGGCUAUCAUGGAGCCGCUUGACCACAAAAACCUGGAUAAAGACGUGCCCUACUUCGCCGAGGUUGUGAGCACCACGGAGAACGUGGCAGUAUUCAUCUGGGAAAACCUCAAGAAGCUCCUGCCCAUGGGAACUCUCUACAAAGUCAAAGUGUACGAAACGGACCAGAACAUCGUUGUUUAUAAGGGAGAAGAAGCAAUCUCCGAGAAGUGAAAUGAACUAACUCCGCUGGUCAGAAGCUCUGCUGCCUCGUCACGUCAGUGAUCACUUCGGCCCUGCUCCCUGUGCCUCUAAGGCCUAGAUGUCCACUAUGUAUUACACAAGGACCAGUGUAGGUACUCUACAAAAAUCCUUGCGGCAGUCUAGCAGUCUGGGCUCUCAGAAUUUGUUGAUUUGUCUGCCUUUUCCCAAGACAUUCCUGUUUCAUAAAACCAAAAAGCUGAUGUGAAAUUUGCAGUUGUACCACGUUAAAUAAAGCAGCUUUCUAGCAAGGA